AUGUCAGCCCCAACCUACACUCCAAUCCAAACAAAAAAUCAUCUCUCCCUCAUCGACCAAUUUCCAAGCAAUACUCCCAUCACAGUCCUCCAUCUGCUCCACUUCCACCCCGUGGCCCUCUACCCCGCCUCAUCACCCCACGCCUCCCUACCACCUAUCUCCGGCCGCGACGCAUUCUACACGCGUUAUGUCCCAGCUGGUAUUCUCGCCGCCCAGGAGUGCGGCAUCACGCCUGGAGAGACGAAGUUCUUCUCAGGUACGGUGAUGAGCCUGUUGAGGGAUAGUGAGACGCCUUGGGAUGUAGUCACGAUGAGGACUUAUAGGAGUUUUGAGGAGUAUGCGAGGUAUCAGGCGAGUGAGUUGUAUAGAGAGAAUGCGGUGCCGCACAGAGAGGCUGCGCUGAAGGGUUGGGAGGUGCUCGUUUGUGUGGAGGGAGUGCAUCCUUGA